AUGGGUUUGGAAGAUGAUGAUAUGAAGAAAGGAGAAGCUUCGGGAGAGACAUCAGAGAAAGAAACUGGGUUAAGCAGAAAGAAUAGUGUAAGCUCUUUGUCUCCGACAGAAGAUGAUGAUGAAGACGAUCGCGACGACAGGAAGCCAGAACUCGGUCCCAUGAUCGCUCUCAGAGAACAGCUGGAGAAAGACAAGGAUGAUGAAAGCUUGAGGAGAUGGAAGGAACAGCUUAUUGGCGUCGUUGAUUUGGAAGAUGUCGGAGAGACACCGGAUCCGGUAGUAAAGAUACUAGACUUGACAAUUAGGUCACCGGACAGAGAGGAAAUGGUAUUGACGAUACCUGAAGAUGGGUUACCGAACCCGAAGGGACCUUGGUUCACCAUAAAAGAAGGUUCUAAGUACACACUUGUCUUCAACUUUCGUGUCACAAACAAUAUCGUUUCGGGCCUUCGCUAUAACAAUACCGUUUGGAAAACCGCUGUUAAGGUGGAUAGUACAAAAGCAAUGCUUGGAACAUUUAGUCCUCAAUCUGAGCCAUACCAGCAUGUGAUGCCUGAAGAAACAACACCAUCUGGUAUGUUUGCUAGAGGAUCAUAUUCCGCAAGAACUAAGUUUGUUGAUGACGAUAAUAAGUGCUACUUGGAGAUCAACUACACCUUCGACAUCCGCAAGAGUUGGCAAUGA